AUGUGGUCGUAUCUAAAAGAUAAUUCCAAUAUUUUAGUUGUUUUAAUUCCAUGCACAAUAGCUAUUGCCAGAUUAAUAUGGAGAAUAAUAAAACGAUAUCCUUCUAUUAUUAUAAUGCAAUCAACAGAAGAAAAUAAAUUUCUACUUAAUCAAUGCUCAUCAUUUAUUGAAUAUCGUCCAACACCAUGGAUAUUCAAUGGACAUUUAAUGACAAUAUUCGGUGUUCUUUUUCGUCAAUUACCACAAAUAUCAUUUGAACGUAUAUUUCUUACAGUUGAUAAUACUGGUGGAACAAUUGCAUUAGAUUGGCAUACACGUCCUUAUUAUCGUCAACCUAUUUUAUUAAUUCUUCAUGGACUUACAGGUGGUUCUCAUGAUGAAUAUGUUCGUUGGAUGAUUUUAUUGGCUAGUUCAAAACUUGAUUUAUGUUGUGUUGUAGCACAUGCACGUGGAUGUGGUCAAUCAAAAUUAACAUCACCUAAAUCAUUUUGUGCUGCAAAUACAAAUGAUUUACGUGCAUCUGUAAAAUACAUUCGUUCUAUUGUUGGAGAAGAAACUCCAAUUUUUGCUGUUGGUUAUUCAUUAGGUGCUGGUAUUCUAACAAAAUUUCUUGGUGAAGAAAAUAAUCAAUGCUCAUUACAAGGUGCUAUUGUUUGUUGUGCAAGUUUUGAUAUGCAUUUAAGUACAAAUAAUCUCGAACAAUGGUUUCAUAUACGUAUGUAUAAUCGUCGUUUAACAAGUAAUCUUAUACGAUAUUUACGACAACAUGAAGAACAUUUUUCUAAUCCAAAUUCAAACUUAUAUCUUAAUCUUAAUCAUGCUUAUCAAUCAAAAACAGUGCGUGAUUUUGAUACACAUGUUGUUGUACCAAUAUAUGGUUAUCGAGAUGUUGAACAUUAUUAUACUGAAGCUUCACCAAAUAAAUGGUUAAAAUAUAUUCGUAUACCAACACUUAUUUUAAAUGCUAUUGAUGAUCCAAUAUGUCCUAUUGAUGGUUUACCAAAUGAUGAUAUUUUACAAAAUUCAUAUAUUAUUGCAAUAAAAACUUUAGAAGGUGGACAUGUUAGUUAUCUUCAAGGUUGGUGGCCAAAAUCAUAUUCAUAUGAUAAUAUUGUUGUUGUUGAUUAUAUUAAAGCAAGACUUAAACAAAUGAAUUAUCAAUGGAAAAAACAAUUUGAUCAAAGAUCAAUAAUUGAUAUUAGUAUUCCAAAGGAAUGA